AUGGAGGCUUUCCAUGGGAGAUGCAUCGAGACCCUGAAGGCCAUGGUGCAAGCCUGGCCCUUUGUCCACCUGCCUCUGGGGGACCUGAUAGACAUGCCUCAUGUGGGGCCCUUACAAGCAGUGCUGGAAGCACUUGAUGUCCUGUUUGCCCAGAAGGUUCAAUCCAGGAGGUGCAAACUGCGGGUGCUAGAUCUACGUGAUACUGGCCAGAACUUCUGGAGCAUGUGGUCUGGAGCCAGCACUCACGGGUGCUCAAGCUCACGAAUGGCACAAGUGGCUGAACACAGAUCAAUGACAAAGCAGCCCUCGGCCCCGUUUAAAGUUUUCAUAGACCUUUGUCUGAAGAAAAGUACCCUGGAUAACUUCCUCACCUACCUCCUCAGGUGGGUGGAGCAGAGAAAAGUUUUCAUACACCUGUGCUGUAAGAAGCUGAAGAUCUUUUCAACGCCCAUGGAAAAUAUUAUGAAGGUCCUGAGUAUGGUGCGACUGGACUGUAUCCAGGAAGUGGAAGUGAAUGGCGUUUGGCAUCUGUCCACUCUGGCUAUGUUUGCUUCUUUCUUCGGUGAGAUGAGUAAUGUGCAGAGACUCUUUCUCUCCCACAUCCACCUGUCUGCCUUCGAGAAGCAGGAACAGCGUCAUGUCCAAAUUACCUCUCAGUUCCUCAGGCUGCUCCACCGCCGAGACCUCCAACUGGAAUCUCCCUCCUUCCUUGAAGGCUGCCUGGACCAGAUGCUCAGGUGCCUGAUGACCACCUUGGACAACCUCUCAAUUACUAACUUCCAGCUUACAGAAUCAGACUGGAUCCAUCUGUCCCAGUGCCCGAAUAUCAGUCAGCUAAAAGGCCUGGAUCUGAGUGGUGUCAGGCUGACCGACUUUAGUCCUGAGCUCCUCCACAUUCUGCUGGAGAAAGUUGCAGACACUCUCCAGGAACCGGACUUAAGUCAGUGUGGAAUCAUGGACUCCCAACUUGAGGCCAUCCUGCCUGCCCUGAGCAGCUGCUCCCAGCUCAGGUCCUUCAGCCUGUGUGGGAACCUCCUUUCCAUGGCCGUCAUGGAGAAGAUGCUGCGACACACCGUUGGACUGCCCUGUUUAAGUCAAGAGCUGUAUCCUGCUCCUCAGGAAAGUUACUGCCCUCAGGGUGUUCCCCUGGAAGGGAGACUUGCCCAGCUUCAGGCUGAGCUGUUUGAGAUUCUGAGAGACUUAGGAUGGCCCAAGACCAUCUGGCUUAGCCUCAGCCCCUGUCCUCACUAUGGUGAUGACAUAUGCAGUCACAUCGAGCCUGUUAUAUACUGCUGUAAUACUCAUGUCUAG